AGCUGCACCACCUUCCCAGCUCGCUCGCUCUGCCUUCGGUGGCGACUUCCACAUGUCGACGGCCAACAAUGUGCUGUCUCUUGCUGGCAAGCUCUGCCUCGUGACGGGCGCAUCCUCUGGUCUGGGGAUGCACUUCGCCAGGACGCUCGCCAACCAUGGAGCCAAGGUGGCCGUCGCGGCUCGACGAGUGGACCGGCUCGACGCUCUGGUGGAAGAGCUCACGCUCGGGGGGGCGGCGGGCGUGUGCGCGGUGAGGAUGGACGUACGCGACGAGACCAGCAUCAAGGCCGGGGUCAAACAAGUUGAACAGAUUCUGGGGCCGAUCGACGUGCUGGUCAACAAUGCCGGGGUGGCCGUUCAAAGCCCCUCCCUCAAGCAGACCAGGAGGGAGUGGGAAAAGGUGCUCGACACAAACCUGGUGGGCCCGUUCUUGGUGGCCCAGGCCGUGGCCCGCAGCAUGGUGCGAGAUAAAAGGAGCGGGAGCAUCAUCAACAUAUCGAGCGUGUCAAGCAUGGUGCCCUCCUCGGGGUUGGCUGCGUACUGCUCAUCCAAGGCGGGGCUGACGCAUCUUACUAAAGUGCUAGCGCUCGAGUGGGCGAGGCACGGCAUUCGGGUCAACGCCGUGUGCCCAGGCUACUUCAAGACCGAGAUGAACUCAGAUUUUUUCGACACUCCCAACGGCGAUCGGAUAGUGAAGGCGAUACCGAUGCGUCGUUUGGGCGACCCUUCCGAGCUGGAUGGUCUCCUGCUCAUGCUGGCAUCCGAGCGCGCGUCGAGCUACAUGACGGGCAGUGUGCUGACCCUGGAUGGUGGAAUCAUGCUUAGCCACUUGUGAACUCUUGCACUGUAAAUACGGAAGCACCAGCGCCGGCGCCCACGGCAGCGAGGACCCGACCGAUGUUUGUUGAGUAUCCCGGUGAUUUUUCGGCCUGCCCACCUGUGUCGACGAGGCGCGAGUGGCACACCUCACCUCGGGGACACUAGAACCAACGCUAACACCGUGUA